UUUUAUCCAUAAUACACUUAAAGACACCAAAACAAACACAUUAGUAUAUCUCAGUGAGGUUAAUUGGAAGAGCAACAAUGGCGGACGAGGUGAUUCUGCUGGAUUACUGGCCGAGUAUGUUCGGAAUGAGGACGAGGGUUGCUCUAGAGGAGAAGAACAUCAAGUUCGACUACAGAGAACAAGACCUAUUCAAUAAGAGCCCGAUUCUCCUCGAGAUGAACCCGGUUCAUAAGAAAAUCCCGGUUCUCAUCCACAAUGGUAAACCGGUUUGUGAAUCUCUCAUCCAGGUCGAGUACAUCGACGAGACUUGGCCAGGGGGCAACCCAUUCCUUCCUUCUGAUCCUUACCAAAGAGCUCAGGCCAAGUUUUGGGGAGAUUUCAUCGACAAAAAGGUGUAUGGUCCAACGAGGUUGAUCUGGGGAGCGAAAGGAGAGGAGCAAGAGGCGGGGACGAAGGAGUUCAUUGAGAUGCUCAAGAUGCUAGAGUCUGAGCUUGGAGACAAGACUUACUUUGGAGGCGAAACAUUCGGUUAUGUGGAUAUAGCUAUGAUUGGAUUCUACUGCUGGUUCGACGUUUUGGAGAAGUGUGGCAAUUUUAGCAUCGAAGCAGAGUGUCCAAAGCUGAUUGCUUGGGCUAAAAGGUGUAUGAAGAGAGAGAGUGUGGCUAAGUCUCUUCCUGAUUCAGACAAGAUCACUAAGUUCGUUCCUGAGCUAAAGAAAAAAAUUGGCAUCGAGUAGUUCUGUUAUAACUUAAUCUAUGUUCUGUCUUUUUUCGUACCUUUUCAGUUGAUGUUUUGUUUCUGCUCUGUUUGAAAUUUGAAGUUCUCAUAAUAAUACAAACAUCCUCUAAUAGUUUCACUAAACAAA